CUCAACAUCAUUACUUUUGACCCUACUCCCUAAGGAAUAUAACAAAGUGCCGAUAACCAGGUCAACGCCUUGAAGAUGUCGUCUGCAGAAACGGUGGUUAUCGCUGGUGCGGGCAAUAUUGGCCAGUAUCUAGUCGAGGAGCUCAUUGAUGAUGCCAAAUACCGCGUCGCUGUCAUUUCACGCAGCAGCCGGCCAUAUCUCGAUGCUCUUGGAGUGGAUGUCCGAAUCGUAAAUGAGUACAGUCGCGAGUCCGUACUCCCAAUCUUGGACUCUCUCCCCAAGACUAGGGCCCUGAUAUCGACGCUGAGCUCCGACGAUCCCACGGUAUACACGCCGCUGCAUGAAGCAUUACUGUCUGCUUGUCGUGAUUCGAAAACCUGCAAACGUUUCAUACCGAGUGAGUUUCUCGGAAACACCAGAGACUAUGAAACUAUUCCACGCCCGAUCUAUCGCGCCCGUAGGGACUUCCGCGCAACCCUGACCAGCCAGAAAGACGUUACUUUCACGUUCGUCAAUCUUGGUUGGUUGGCCGAUUACUUUGUUCAAGCACCUGGCUCACACAAGACGUACAUCCGCCCAUUUCCACAGGGUUGGCCCAUUGAUUUGGAAAAGCGGACUGUUCGCGUCAUUGGCACGGGUGACGAACCUAUAGGUUGGACCGCGACAAGAGAUAUGGCCAGGGCCGUUGUUGCGUUGAUCCCCCAUGAUGACUGGCCAGAAUAUACUUGGGUCUAUGGCGAGCUGGGCACAUGGAAUCAGGCAAUCCAAACAAUCGAGAAGUUUUACGGAAUCGAACUGCAGCGAGAGUAUGUCAGCAAAGAGUCCAUAUCGGCCCGCCUCUCCAAUGAAAACGAGCCUGACAAGUGGUAUUCGGCCACUAUCGACGAGUGGUCACUCGUGGGUGCGACGGCAGUGCCCCGCCAGGAAGCCGAUCAGCAACGGGAAAAGUACUUCAAAGACGUUGGUUUCCGUGACAUCGAAGCGCUCCUGCUUAGCUCGCAGCAUGUGCCAGUUGUUUGAAGGAAAUGGGCUUGCGCUGACAAAUAUGAUGUUCUCUUGUCGCAACUCGCGAUCCUUAUCAGUACCCAAGUAUCCAUAACCCCUCACGAUCAACCACCCCGCUUUGGGUGGGCUGUUCUGUGUUUAUGAAAUCCUUCCAACUCCGCAGAACUGUACACAUCACUCUGGAAAUGUUUCCUGCGCCGUAGUCAAAGUUAAUC